AUAUAAUUAUACUAUACCCAUUUCCUCUCCGCCCGUAAACGAAGAGGAGGAACUGCAAGCUAUCUGGGAUGAGUCGGAUUAGUCGCAUACCUAUGUAGUCCGAGAGCUCUCCAAUUGCAAUACAAUGGCAAAUUAUAUUUAUAUAUUUACCAUUUGCCUGGUUGUUGCAGCUUUAAUCCAAUUAAUUGUUGCGGAUACAUCAACUUUAGAAAGAAUUAAGAAACAUCAAGAGUGGCUGAAUCGACAUAAACUCAAAACGGAAAAAGCGAAGUACACCAAGUGGAGAUCGUCUUUCGAGCUUGCGAAUCUCUGGCGCAUAAAUAAGGAGCCAACAACCAAACAAAAUUCAAGUAUUAAUGACGUUUAUACGGAUAGCGAAACCAGCUCCAACAAUGCCAACAUAAUUGGCCCCAUUUCAACCCAAGCGACCCGCUUGCGGAGCCUGGAACUCUAUGAUACCAACUCAUCUGAAACGUUCGAAACGUGGACGACUGAAGAACCAAUAUUGAUGACGAAAUCCCUAAUUGCUGAAGAGUCCACAGCCUUGGCAACCGAACCCCUGACUACGACGAGUACGACGACGACUACGAGAAAGCCCAAGCUCAAGGGACGACCCUUUCCCAGAUGGGCCAACUGGAGUCCCUGGAGUGAAUGCUCGCGCAGCUGUGGAGGCGGCAUAAUGCAUCAGACCCGCAAGUGCAUUGAUCGAAAUUCUACAACAGGUAGAGUAUAUACGAGCGAUACUUGUGUUGGCCUCUCGAAGCGCUACCAGAUAUGCAAUGACCUCUCGUGUCCGACGGAUUCAUUGGAUAUUCGUGCAUAUCAAUGUGCUGCCUACAAUCAAGUCGAUUUCCAGGGUCGCCAAUAUAGCUGGGAGCCCUACAUCAAAGACGAUGCCGAGUGCGAGCUGAAUUGCAAGCCAUUGGGCAUGAAAUACUUUGCCACUCUGAAUGAUACCGUUAUUGAUGGAACACCUUGCCAACGUCCGGCGGAAUAUUAUCGCUCCAAGUCCACUCGAGUGGGCCGCGCAAUGUGUGUCGACGGCAUUUGCAAGGCCGUUCUUGGCAAUGGCUCCAUAAAGGGCCUGUAUGCAAAUAGCGGCUCCGUCAGCUGUGGAGGCCUACUGUGCCGUCCGGUAACUGGUAUCUUUACUCGCGAUCCGUUGCCAGAGGAUGCAUAUGUACAUGUGGCCACAAUACCCGCCGGAGCAUCGAAUAUAUCCAUAACCGAACUCAAGAACAGUGAAAAUUUACUUGUCUUGCGCACAAGCGAACAGAAGAGCAUUUUCAAUGGCGAGAACGAGGUGUCGGAGAGCGGAUCGUAUGAGGCGGCGGGCACGACCUUCGACUAUCACCGCAUCGAUGGAGUACAGCAGGGCGAGGGCGUUACCGAGUGGAUCACCAGCACGGGCCCCAUUAAGGAUCCGGUGGAACUCUUGGUGUACAGCAACAUUCUGAAUCCUGGCAUUAAGUACGAGUACUUGCUGCCCAUUGUGUCCGACUCGGAGGAAAAUGAGCUCUCACUGGAGAGCAGCGACGGCUUCCUAAAAUCUGGCGCUGUCAGUGAAGAUGGCAGCUCUGUGAGCAGCACGCGCUCGGCACGCAGGCGUAAAUUCAACUGGAAGGUGGUCGGAUUCAGUGCUUGCACCAAGUCCUGCGGCGGCGGCACCCAGUCACCGAUUGUGCGCUGUGCUCGUGAGAAUCCGGUUCGCUAUUAUUCGCAGCGCCGUUGCGGUCACUCGGAAAAGCCGGUGCUCAACGAGAACCUGCUGCACUGCAACACACAGCCGUGCCCCGCCUAUUGGAGACAGGACGAGUGGGGCGAAUGCCGCUGCCAGCAUGGCGAAAACUUCCGCCGGCGUGAGCUGAGCUGUGUCCAGGAACUGGCCUCGGGCAUUGUAAUACAUGUGGAUAAGGCCGCCUGCAUGGAGGAACAGCCGCCCAGCGAGAAGCAGUGCGAAUGCCCGAAGGCUCGACGUCGCAACUCAGCCCGUUACCGCAUGCAUCUGCAUCCGGAUGCGGCAAAUGGCACGCAUCUGGGUCGCCAUCGGGCUCCAAAAACUGUUAGCGAUGCGGUCUGGCUCAUGUCCGAGUGGAAUCAGUAUUGUUCAUCCUCAUGUGGUCCGGGCGUGCAGUACCGCACAAUCUUUUGCGAUAGGCCCAAGACUAAAGCGGAACGUUGCGAGCCGCGCGAUAUUCCCGAAAACCGACGACCCUGUGUGCAAAAUGCCUGCGAGCUGGGCGACUGGUUUGCCGGUCCCUGGUCACCAUGCAGUGGCGACUGCUUCAACCUGACCCGCAGCCGUGCUGUGCUGUGUAUUCGAAAUCAGCUAAUCACCGAUGACGAGGAGUGUAAGCUGGAGCUGAGGCCGCAGGCCUUGGAGAAUUGCUCGCACGAGGAGAUCGAGUACUGUGCGCCGCGCUGGCAUUAUUCCGAGUGGUCCGAGUGCACCAAAUCCUGCGAAGGCGGCACCCAGCGGCGCACUGUCAAGUGCCUGGAGUACGAUGACAAACAGAAUGCUCUGCGGGAAUCCACCAAAUGCAGAUACGCACUUAGGGAACCAAUCUAUCGCAACUGUAACACGCAAAAAUGCGAAGAUCUUAAUAACGAACUGCUCCAAAACGACGAAGCUCCGGCCUGCCUGGAUAAUUUUCCAAACUGCAAAUGGGCCUUGCAAGCCAAGCUAUGCAGCUACGAAUAUUAUCGGAUCCAUUGCUGUAUGUCCUGCACGAAGCUCCAUUGAAUCGAAUCCAACUGAAAAGCCCGUGCAAAAGUAGCUUUAAAUGUUGCGAAAGAAGGAAAGGGGCUAAAACGAAAACCGUGAUCUUAAAGCAAUUUCUUACAUUUAUUCGUGAAUGUUCAUUAAAUAUGUUAGGCAUAUAUCUAGCCGCAAAUUCUCGGAAUGGAUUCCAAUUUGACAUACGAGUGCAUUUACAUUUAUUAAUACAUACCACAUAAGUACAUAAAUACGUAAAGGAAACCAACAAACAGUUUACUAAAAAUAUCUCACAAACGAUACAAGUUGAAUCAAGUGCCACACUUAAAGAUAUUAUACUAUUUUCUUUUAACUCUA